GAAGAGUUGUACAGUGAGAAUUGAUGCCAGCACUGCCCUCGCACAGUAGCGUCCCAAAACAGUUGCCUGCCGGGACUUGGCCUGCGCAGUUGGCUCGUGCGCUGCCAACCAUUAAUUUUUGGAGACUUGGUGCUGCGAGAAGGCUCGCGACGACGCGACGAGCCUCAAUCCAGCCAAUUCAACCCCAACUCCCCGAUACCCUCAGCAAAAUGGAUGACGAUCUUUAUGACGAGUUUGGAAACUUCAUCGGCGAGGCCGAGGCUUCCGAAGAAGAAUCCGAACAUGGCGUGGAUGCGGGCAACUACGCUUACGAUGACUAUCCUGAGGAGGCACCAGAGGCCACUGGCCAGGAAUUGAUGGAAAUUGACGAUGAUGGUCCAUCCAACGCCGUGAUCCUCCAUGAAGACAAGCAGUACUAUCCGACGGCAGCCCAGGUGUAUGGCGAGGGGGUUGAGACGAUGGUUCAGGAGGAGGAUGCGCAACCACUAACACAGCCCAUCAUCGCCCCCGUCGAGCAGAAGAAGUUCAGCAUCGAGGAGGCCGACCUUCCACCAGUGUUCUUCGACCGCAGUUUCAUGACCGAUCUCAUGAACUAUCCCGAACAGAUUCGAAAUGUCGCCCUGGCCGGGCACCUGCACCACGGAAAGACGGCGUUUAUGGAUAUGCUGGUAUUGGAGACGCACAACAUCAACGACAGGCUAGAACAGAGGACAGGGAAGAAGCGGGACGAACAACUCAGAUAUACCGACGUACAUGUGCUAGAGCGGGAAAGAGGAUUGUCAAUCAAGGCGUCGCCCAUGAGCUUGGUUCUCCCCAACACCAAGGGCAAGUCCCAUCUCGUCAACAUUAUCGACACACCCGGCCAUGUGGAUUUCGUCGAUGAGGUUGCCGCGGCGUUUCGGCUGGUGGACGGUGUUUGCUUGGUGGUGGAUGUGGUGGAGGGUGUUCAGGUCAACACAGAGCAGAUCAUCAAACAUGCCGUUCUCGAGGAUAUCCCGAUCACGUUGAUCGUCAACAAGAUGGAUCGCCUGGUUCUCGAACUGAAGCUGCCACCCAACGACGCCUACUACAAGCUCAAGCACGUCAUCGAAGAGGUAAACACUGUUAUCGAGAACACGAUCCCCGGCAAGGGCGAGUCGAAGAGGGUCAGUCCAGAGAGAGGCAAUGUGCUGUUUGCAUGCACUUCGAUGGGCUGGUGCUUUACCCUGAAGUCGUUCGCCAAGAUGUACUCCGACAGCUUCGGAGGCGUCAACAUCGAGGAGUUUGCUAAACGGUUAUGGGGUGAUGUCUACUUCAACCCAAGGAAACGGAGCUUCACAAGGAAACCCGUCGAUGAAGGUGCUAAGCGGUCCUUUGUCAACUUCAUUCUCGAGCCUAUCUACAAGAUCUAUUCUCACACUAUUAGUGAGAGCCCGGAGGAUCUCAAGGGUACUCUUGCGAAGCUUGGCAUCCAACUCAAGCCUUCCCAGUACAAGACGGAUCCCAAGGUUCUGUUGAAGCUGGUUUGCGAGCAGUUCUUUGGGCCAUCGACCGGGUUCGUUGAUAUGGUCUGCGAGCACAUUCCUUCUCCAGCUGAGGCGGCCCAGAAGAAGCUCGAGCGCUACUACACCGGUCCUCUCGACACAAAAGUUGCCGAGUCGAUGAAGGCUUGCGAUCAAAACGGACCUCUGGUCAUCUAUGUCACAAAGCUGUUCAACACGGCUGAUACCAAGAGCUUCAAUGCUUUUGGGAGAGUGAUGAGCGGUAUUGCUCAGCCAGGGACCGAGGUUCGGGUAUUGGGCGAGGGCUACUCGAUCGACGACGAGGAAGACAUGGUCGUGGCCAGAGUAGCCGAGGUCUUCAUUGCCGAAACUCGAUACAAUAUCCCAACCGAUGGAGUCCCUGCUGGGAACUGGGUCUUGCUGGGCGGCGUUGACAAUUCGAUCGUGAAGACGGGUACGAUUGUAGCCAAGCAGUUCGAGGAUGACGAAGACGCCUACAUCUUCAAGCCUCUCACUCACCUGACCGAGUCUGUUCUGAAGGUUGCGGUGGAGCCCAUCAACCCAUCGGAACUGCCAAAGAUGCUGGACGGAAUUCGAAAGAUCAACAAGAGCUAUCCUUUGGUGACUACGAAGGUGGAGGAGUCUGGCGAACACAUCAUUCUCGGAACCGGUGAACUCUACAUGGAUUGUGUGCUGCACGACUUGCGCCGUCUCUACGCCGACAUGGAGGUCAGAGUAUCGGAUCCCGUCGUCCGAUUCUGCGAGACGGUACAGGACAUGUCAGCCACCAAGUGCUAUGCCAUCACACCAAACAAGAAAAACACCAUCACCAUGGUGGCCGAGCCAUUAGAUGAUGGCAUCGCAAAGGACAUCGAGUCAGGGGCCGUGAGGAUACGGGACCCGCCUCGAAAGACGGCCAAAUUCUUCGUCGACAAGUAUGACUGGGACCUUUUGGCGGCCAGAAGCAUCUGGGCCUUUGGACCGGAAGAGAUGGGUCCAAAUAUUCUCCAAGACGACACAUUGCCAGGAGAGGUCGACAAGAAACGAUUAGCCACGGUGAAGGAGUCGAUUCGUCAGGGUUUUGCUUGGGCCACCCGAGAAGGCCCACUAUGCGAAGAACCAAUCCGCAACACCAAGUUCCGCCUCAUCGACGUUGCCCUGGCGCAGGAAACCAUCUUCCGUGGCGGCGGCCAGAUCAUCCCCACGGCCCGCAGGGCGUGCUACUCGUCCUUUUUGAUGGCCUCCCCCAGGCUGAUGGAGCCGCUCUACUCGGUCUCGAUGACUGGACCUCAGGACUCGGUGUCGAUGGUGUACAACAUUUUGGCCAGGAGGAGGGGCCAUGUCUUGUCGGAUGGGCCCAUCGCGGGCACGCCGCUUUAUAGGGUCAAUGGGUUGAUACCGGUGAUUGAUAGUUUUGGGUUUGAGACGGAUCUGAGGAUCAACACGCCGGGGCAGGCGAUGGUGAGCUUGGUGUUUGACCGGUGGAAUAUGGUGCCGGGGGAUCCGCUGGACAAGGAGCAGGUUACGAGGCCGCUGCAGAUGGCAAGCGCGCAGGCGACGGCGAGGGAUUUUGUGCUCAAGACUAGGAGGAGGAAGGGGUUGAGUGAGGAUGUGAGUGUGGCUAAGUUUUUGGAGAGGGAGUUUUAUGAGAGUUUGGUGGGGAGUGGGACUUUGGGGGAGGCUUGAGAUUCCCCUUGAGAAGGGUUGGUCUAGGUCAAGGUUUAGAAAUGUUGUAUUAUGUUAGGUAUUACGGUGUUUUGUGGGUGGUUCUACCUCUGUAUAUGGAGACCUGACAAUGGGAAAAGUAAUUAGAGGGAAGGAAGUGUUAUCAUC